AUGCUAUUUAAUCAUCGAUUCACAGGCAGUAAAGCUGUGGAUGUGCUCUACGAAUCGAAAAAAUACGGUCAUCAGGCGAAGGAUGCAAAAUUCCCGACACGUCUAGCAGCCGUGGCAUUCAUGAGAAGUUUGCUGGAGAAGGGACUCUUCUUUCGAGCGAGAAAAUUGGUUUCGAAGCGAAAAGAAGACAAAAAAGUCAGUGAAGUUCUGCAGAGAAUUUGUACAAAUGCUUAA